UGAAUGGUUUGAUUGACUGCAAUGACAACACAACCCACACAUUGACAGCAGUCGUGUCACUGAAAGCUCACAAAACAAGAGUUAAUUUGAUUGUUAUUUAUAAUCAUUUGUAUCGAUCUUCACAUCUAUUGUCACAUCAAUUAUCACUUUAUAGCGGAUCACAUCCAACACAAUGUCAGAUAAUAUAUUAUCGACGGGUCAAACACUUUCGCUGACUAUCACCACAAAUACCAAUUCAUUUGCGAGCGAACGCCGAUUUGCGGCAAAUGUGACCAUUUGUGAACUGAAAGCCAAACUCGAGUUGAUUACCGGCGCCAACAGCGACACAAUGACUAUACAAUUGUUAGACAACAAUCAAGAAGUAGUCGCACAACUCGAUGACAACUCACGACAACUCCAGAGUUAUUUGAUUGACAAUCAAAACAAAGUCAACAUUCAUGUGAUCGACAGUCAGAAGAGUAUCGGCGAGUUUGAAGACGUAAGUAAUGUCGAGAAAUUUGAAUUACCACAAGAAGAUUAUGAAAAACGAACAGAUUCUGUGUUGGCUUUUAAAAUGAAUAACAAAUUGGGAAGAUUUGCUCAAAUAGACGGCGCCGGCGAUAAUACCGACGACCAAAUGACGGAAUGUGACAUAAAUGUUGGUCAGCGAUGUGAAGUGUGUGUUAAGGGAGCGGCUAAACGUCGGGCAACUGUCCAGUAUGUGGGCACCACUCGCUUCAAACCUGGCCUAUGGAUUGGUGUUGAAUACGAUGAACCUCUGGGGAAAAAUGACGGUUCAGUCGAUGGUCACCGAUAUUUCCAGUGUAAACCAAAGUACGGAGGAUUUAUUCGACCAAAUGAUGUCAUUAUCGGUGACUUUCCUGAAAUGGGUGAUACAGAUGAAGACAUUUGAAUCAUUUUUUAUUAACAAAUUAUUGGAUUGAAUUUAUA